AAGGAACACUUUGCACAAUCAUCUUCCACUGUGCUGGAGACAAUUUAUGGUACCAGCAACACAGCUACUCUGGGGGUGACUGAGUUCUUGGUGCAAGAAAUCAGCGGUGGCAAGAUUUGGAACAGACACACUGGUCAACAUGAGCACGGCGGGCAAAGUUAUUAAAUGCAAGGCAGCAGUGCUGUGGGAGGCCAAUAAACCAUUCAGUAUUGAGGAAGUGGAAGUUGCCCCACCAAAAGAACAUGAAGUUCGCAUAAAGAUCAUGGCCACUGGGAUCUGCCGCUCUGAUGACCAUGUGAUAACUGGUACACUGGUUAUGCCUUUUCCAAUAAUUCUUGGGCAUGAAGCAGCUGGUAUUGUGGAGAGUGUUGGGCAAGGAGUGACUUCAGUGAAACCAGGAGACAAGGUUAUUCCACUCUUUGUUCCACAGUGUGGGGAGUGCAAGAGCUGCUUAAACACUAAGGGUAACCUGUGCAGUAAAACUGACCUUGGCACAAGCACUGGAUUAAUGCCUGAUGGCACUACCAGAUUCACUUGUAAAGGAAAACCAGUUUACCAUUUUAUUGGUACAAGUACCUUCACUGAAUACACAGUAGUGCAUGAAUCUGCUGUGGCCAAAAUCGAUUCUGCUGCUCCUCUGGAAAAAGUCUGUCUAAUUGGCUGUGGAUUUUCAACUGGUUACGGGGCUGCUCUGCAGACUGCCAAGGUGGAACCAGGCUCCACCUGUGCUGUCUUCGGCCUCGGAGGAGUUGGCCUCUCUGUUGUCAUAGGCUGCAAGGUGGCUGGAGCUUCCCGCAUCAUUGCCGUGGACAUCAAUAGCGACAAGUUUGCCAAGGCCAGGGAGAUGGGAGCCACUGACUGCAUCAACCCUAAAGAUUUCAAUAAGCCCAUCCACGAAGUGUUGACGGAAAUGACUGGUGGGGGUGUGGACUACUCCUUCGAGGUCAUCGGCCGUACGGAUACCAUGGCUGCAGCCUUGGCCAGUUGCCAGUAUAACUACGGAGUCAGUGUGAUUGUGGGAGUGCCCCCCGCAGCACAAAAUAUCACCUUUGAUCCCAUGCUUCUCUUCACUGGUCGCAGCUGGAAAGGCUCUGUGUUUGGAGGCUGGAAGAGUAAAGAUGCAGUUCCCAAACUGGUUGCUGACUACAUGAACAAAACAUUUGUUCUGGAUCCAUUGAUAACCCACGUACUACCUUGGACAAAGAUCAAUGAAGGAUUUGAUCUUCUAAGGACAGGAAAGAGCAUCCGCAGUGUCCUGAUGUUUUAGGAUUCCCAGACGUUAAGCAGCAGAUGGCUCAGCACCAGCUUCACCAUCCUCCAAUGAACAUCACCAUCCUCCAAUACAACUUAUAUGAAAUGCAAACCAAGAUAUUCCUGAAAGAUCUACCACUACCCUUGAAUAAAAGGAUCAAGCUCAAACUCCACAUUUUAAGCACAGAAUUUAUAAAUGAAACCAUCUUUUUCUUCUACCUCUUUCUCCUCAUUCUUGUUUUAAAUCCUCUAUAUUGUGCUGCAAUUUUUUUAAUAGCCAGUUAUGAAUUACAGGACUGCUCCUGUCACAGGUGUUAUAAAAACAUCUGUUGAAUGCUUUAAAAUUACUUAUAAUAUGCAAUCUGUUAAUAAAAUAAAAAGGAAGGGAAGUGUUCUUUAGGCUUCCAUAACACUGCAAGUUUAAGAAAUUUGUACAUGCAGUUCAGCAUAGUAAAACAUAGCAGAUUAGAACUGUGUAUUCAUCCUGAAUGACUGUGUCAUUCCAGUAUCUAAUAAGCAAGGAAUGAUACAGCAGAAAUUAAAAUUUAUGGUGACCAUGUGUUUGAAUUAAUAAUUUAAAUAAAUCAUAGACUUAGGUACUGGAGAAUGUCUCAUCACUCACUAUUUUACCAGAUUAACAGUCCCAAACAUUUUAUGUAAAACUAGUGUGUUAUUCUGUGUUGUGGUUUGUAUUCAGUGUUUGGGGGUUUUUUGUAUAUUUAUGCCUCUUUCUUGGGGUUGUUUUAGUUGUUGAUCAGGAUGGUUUUAGACCUUUGGCUAAUUUAUACAAGUGCCUCUCAUGUUUGGGAAGCAGUGUUAAGAAAUAUGAAUGUGCAUCAAAUAUUUUUGUUUCCAUUACACAAAGAGGAGGCUUCUUAAUUUCUUAAGUAUGAAUACAGAAUAAAUGGGAAGAAACAGGUGACUGGUAACAGUUUGCAACAACUCAAACCUAAAGCAUCUUACUGUUUUCUGAAUUUGCAAUGUAGAAACAGGAACAGAGGCUAUUUCUAUCUUGGCAAAUAUGGUCAACAUUGACAUAUCUUUAGAAUGGACUUAUCAGAGCUCCCAGGCACUCACACACAUCGCAGCUGGGUAGAAGAGCCUGUGAAGCAAUGGGACUGUGCUACUGCUGACUUACCUGUUUGUGUCAGCAGAAAGA